AUGGCAAUCGGAAACGACCCUCUCCAUGUCAGCGACAUUAUGGCGGAUGCCCUGAGCCACUUGAAUCGGGUUGUGGAGCAUCUGCGAGGCGAGGGUGAAAAUGAAGCAGCGAAUGGCAUUGCACGGGACGUCCACUCCAUGCUUGACACGUUCAAUCAGACCACGGCUCCUUGGUCUAUUGAGAAAUUCCGCAUGAACUCUAUCCCUGUCGCCAAAGCUCAACUCCUCCCUCAAAAUGGCAACGCAGGUUGUCCUGCUGCAAGAUCCAAUACUUCAUCCACUUGGGCAGCGGUUGCUGCAACCGACAUCCCAAGCAACAAUCGUUUGGUCAAGUUUGGACCGUCUGACGGAUUAAAGCGACACAUCACCGAGCAAGCCUCGAACCAGGGUCAAUGCGGUCCAUCGCGGGAGGAGGACUUCCGCUGCAUCUGGAUCUAUGGCUGGUCCAAAGAUAAGCCCUUGAGCAUGGUGACGGAACGGAUUAGCACUGGUGCCAUCUUUUCCAUGGCAUACGUGGAGCAAUAUGAGGCCGUCUGUGUCAUCUUCCAGUACGCCGGUGCCGCCAUGGUUUUCAUGAACGAGGAAGUCGAAGCCGUUCAUGACUAUGGCUGUGGCUUGUUUGGAAAAGGCCAUGAGGUCAAGUAUGGCGAGGCCUAUCCCGAGAACGAGGACCUUGCUCGAAUGCAACCUCCGACCAACGAGCGUCGUCGCUUGACCUUUGCUCGUCAACAACUCUUCACCAACGGCUUGACUGAAGACAGAUUCAGGAGGGACUUGGUUGAACUUGUCGGUCGACAUAAUGUCGAGUUGGUAUGGUUGUUUAACACUGGUAAUGCUACUGCGGUCUUUUCGUCUACCGUCAUUGCCCGCAUUGUCCGAGAGGAGUUUCUUCGUCGAUCGAGGAGGCCAGGACCCUACCAAGAGGUCCAGGUUGGAUUCUCUCAUGACCCUUGCGAACGGCCCAUGAACUUGAUCACCCAAAUUCCUUAUCCCGGAACAGGUCCCCGAGAUCGCAGUAACAGUGGGAAGUCUGGAUCAAGUGGCCGUUCUUACAACCCGAAUAUUGCAAAAUUUGUUCCAGGUGUUGGUACCCGUGCCAGGAAAGGGACCGACUCGGAUGGCUGGCAGACUGUCCAACGCCGUCGCUAA